AUGCCUUCCACCGCAGCAACUGAGCCAACUACCCCGAAGAAGGUCCUCGCCGCGAUCCACAACCUUCCAAAGCGUAUGCGCAGCGGGACGCUCCGCACGCAACCCGCGCGGUCUCGCGCGCUCGGGAAGGAGAAUGUGCCUCCGGGCGAAAUGCCCUCACAGCCUGCGGCCCCGCACGUCUUUGCGCCGCCGUUGCCGUCGUCCUUCGAGACACCCACUGAUGAGUUUGGGGCGAAAGAUGGCAAGAUCGCCAUCAAGGUCUGGGUGCCCACUACCGACGACAUCUGGAAGCUCCGCGUCCCCGAGGACGUCAGGCUGGAGUCCUUCCGCACCCGCGUUUCCGCCAAAGUCGGCUUCGAGGUCUCGUUUUCUGCCCUCAUCUGCGGCACGCUCAAGACCAUCGGGGACGACCAGGCGUUCAGGGAGUGGGUGGAGGGGAGGCUUGUCAGCGGGCGCAAUUCGCUCCUGACCGCGCAUCGACUUGUAUUGCAGUGA